AAAGGACCCACCAAAAAAGGGGGAGCGCGCGUUAGCCCUCUUCCCGAUCUGGACGGACAGCGAGACCCGCCGUGCGCCCACUUGAACCUGCGCACCCCGCGUGUCCUGUUUCCGCAUUUGUCAUUUUCCGAGGAACUCCAUGGAGUGCAGUGUCAUCGUCCUCCUCGCUCCUCUCUCUCCGUCAGUCCUCAUCUCUUCAAGCGACGUCAUUUGGAAGUGACCUUUUUCCCUCUACGUGUCCCUUCUUAUGCUCCCGUCUUUAUUUCUCGAUUGGGAGAUUUCAAUUUCGCAAAUUCUCAACUUUUUCGGUCGCACCCCGAAAGACCCAUCUCUGUAGAUUCAUAGAAGAGUCCUUCAAUUUGUCUCUUUCCUCUGGGUCUCUGUUUUUGUUGGGAUUCUUUUCUUCUUCUUCUUCUUCUUCUUCUUCUUCUUCUUUUGCGUUGCUUUCUCGGUGGUAGAGAUUUUUUUCUGUUGGGAUUUGAAUUUGCUUUGCGGGUUGAAAUGGAGGAGCGUUAUGAGGCAUUGAAGGAGCUGGGUUCUGGGAACUUCGGUGUGGCGAGGCUGGUCAGAGAUAAGAAGACUAAGGAGCUUGUUGCUGUCAAAUACAUAGAAAGGGGGAAGAAGAUUGAUGAGAAUAUUUCAAGGGAAAUAAUCAACCACAGAUCUUUGAGGCAUCCUAACAUUAUCAGAUUCAAGGAGGUCCUGCUGACUCCUACACAUUUAGCUAUUGUCAUGGAAUAUGCAGCUGGCGGUGAACUGUUUGAGAGGAUAUGCAGUGCUGGUCGAUUUAGCGAAGAUGAGGCGAGAUUUUUCUUCCAGCAGCUAAUAUCUGGAGUCAGCUACUGUCAUUCGAUGGAAAUUUGUCACAGAGAUCUGAAACUGGAAAAUACACUCUUGGAUGGAAGUGCUGCACCCCGUCUUAAAAUUUGUGACUUUGGUUAUUCCAAGUCUGCUUUGUUGCAUUCACAACCUAAGUCAACAGUUGGCACACCAGCAUAUAUUGCUCCAGAGGUCCUGUCACGGAAGGAAUAUGAUGGAAAGAUUGCAGAUGUUUGGUCCUGUGGUGUGACACUGUAUGUGAUGUUGGUGGGAGCAUACCCAUUUGAAGAUCCUGAAGAUCCAAGAAAUUUUCGCAAGACCAUUGGGAGAAUAAUGAGUGUUCAGUACUCCAUACCAGAAUACGUACGUGUGUCCGCAGAUUGCAGGCACCUCCUAUCUCGUAUUUUUGUUGCCAAUCCAUCGAAGAGGAUCACCAUCCCAGAGAUUAAACGACACCCUUGGUUUCUAAAGAAUCUGCCCAAGGAAUUAGUUGAAGGUGAAAGAACAAACUACAGGGAAGUGGACCAUGACCGACCCCCUCAGGAUGUUGAAGAGAUAAUGCGAAUCAUACAAGAAGCUCGGACUCCUGAAGCAGGAAGCAAAGUUGCAGGUGAGCAAGCUGUUGCUGGAGAAUCGGAUCCCGAUCAUGAGGAGGAUGACAUCGAAUCUGAAGUUGAUGUCAGUGGCGACUUUCCAGCUCCUAUUUGAAUAUAUAUAUAUAUAUAUACAUAUGUAUGCACACAAAAACAGUUUGUAUAUGCAUAUUGAGAGGUCCUGUGCUUGAGACUACUAGUUUUUUUUUUUGCAAAUUUUAGUGUGUAUUGGUAGUUUUAUAUAUCAUUGUUGUACAGUAGACUGAUUAUAAGUGAUUUGCUGCAUUUGAACUGUGAACUAAAUGGUAAAGAGGCAAAUUUUAGUGUGUA